UUUUUUGUGAUUUUGGCACUAAUAACAACUUUUACGAUUUUCUCAAAUGCUUCAAUUUGGAAGAAACUUCCGGUUGUCAACUUCCGUGCGACAACUCAGCACCGUUUAUAUCGAAAAUGGACAGAAUAAAUGUGCCCCCUCCGGGCCCUAUGGACCUUCCUCUGUCCCUGCUGGAGAUGGGAUGCUCUGGCAGGUUUGAACUCAUCACACAUCCUUCCCCGGGCUUGCCUUUCCCUCCACAGAGUACGCUCCCAAAUGGGCUUCCCCCCACCAGCCUGAGCCUGGAGGCUGAGGUGAAGAAGCAGUUUUUGCAGGACCCGGGCUGGCUUCCAUUACAUGACGCGGACUUUGCCUUCCAAAGGUUUCUCAAAGUGACACAGAGAAACGUAAACGCCGACUCCCUGCUAAAUUGCGCCGUAUCCCCACUCCAUUCUGGUCUCUCGGUUAUCAGAGAUCCAACCACAGGGAUGCUUUUGGAUUUCACAGAGGUUUCAUUAGAGAACACUGGCCUUUCGGCAAAGAACUCACUGUCAUUACAACGCAAACCCGGACCUCCUUCAGAGAGCCUUCGAGGAAGCAACACAAACUAUCCCUUUCUGCCUGGGGGUAUGGAGGAACUUACGCUUGACCAAAUCAAGAAUAAAUCCGAGUUGGAGCAGGACGUCGACUUUGAGAAUGAUUUGCUACAAGUUCCUCCUGGUUUUAAAGAUGGAAUGGACUUCACUGACAAAGAAACUAAAGUGGCGAAACCUGAGGUCAACCUCAUGACGCUGCUGUCCUCUUCUGAUGAUGUCACGGACUUGGACGUCGAGGCAGAAGCUAAGGAGGAAGGCCAAACAAACAAAAAUCCCGCCAAACUUCCAAGGACAAACAGCCUUGAGGACCUCGGCAUCAAAGAUGCUGCGUCAUCCUCCUCUCGCUUCAGCAAGGGAAAAGAUAGCAACUCCAAGCAGAAGCCAGACGAAACAAAGAAAUGGGCAAUCCCCGUUGACAUAAGUUCACCCUGCGAGGAUUUCUACAAACGCAUUCCUCAUCCAGCUUUUAAGUGGCCGUUUGAACUGGACGUCUUCCAGAAACAAGCCAUAUUGCGACUGGAGGCUCACGAGUCUGUGUUUGUAGCGGCGCACACGUCGGCCGGCAAAACGGUGGUGGCUGAAUACGCCAUCGCCCUCUCUCAGAAGCACAUGACGCGGACCAUCUACACUUCACCAAUCAAGGCCUUGUCCAAUCAGAAGUUUAGAGACUUCAAGACCACCUUUGGGGACGUGGGUCUCCUCACAGGUGACGUCCAGCUCAGUCCUGAGUCUUCAUGUCUCAUCAUGACCACUGAGAUCCUCAGGUCAAUGCUUUACAAUGGUUCAGAAGUCAUCAGAGACUUGGAGUGGGUCAUAUUUGAUGAGGUCCAUUAUAUUAAUGAUGCAGAGAGAGGGGUCGUGUGGGAGGAGGUUCUCAUCAUGUUGCCGGAUCACGUCAGCAUUAUCCUCCUAAGUGCCACGGUGCCAAACGCUCUGGAAUUCAGCGAGUGGAUUGGACGCAUUAAGAAGAGGCACAUUUAUGUUAUCAGCACUUUGAAGAGGCCUGUGCCUUUAGAGCAUUACUUGUACACUGGAAACAACACAAAGACCCAGAAGGAAAUGUUCUUGCUGUUGGAUGCUGCAGGAAACUUCCUGACUAAAGGCUACUACGCAGCUGUGGAUGCCAAGAAGGAGCGUACCAGCAAAUAUGCCCAAUCUUUUGGCACGAAAAAUACAUCCCAGAACACAACAGCCAGUCAAGACCGAGCGGUGUGGCUGACCCUCUUGCACUUCCUGUCCAACCGGCAGCAGACUCCAGUGGUCGCGUUUACCUUCUCUCGCACGCGUUGUGAUGAAAACGCCCGUUCACUUGACUCCAUGGACAUGACUACCUCCAUCGAGAAAGCUGAGAUUCACUCAUUUUUCCAAAAGAGCCUGAGUCGCCUUAGAGGAGGAGAUAGACAGCUCCCUCAGAUUGUACUCAUGAGGGACCUUUUGAAGAGAGGAGUCGCAGUCCAUCAUAGUGGAAUUCUACCCAUAUUGAAGGAGGUUAUUGAGAUGCUUUUCUCAAGAGGGCUCGUAAAGGUGCUGUUUGCGACAGAGACAUUUGCAAUGGGUGUAAACAUGCCUGCCAGGACUGUGGUAUUCGACAGCAUCCGGAAACAUGACGGAACUGGCUUCAGGAAUCUGCUCCCUGGUGAGUAUAUUCAGAUGGCGGGCAGAGCGGGCAGAAGGGGUCUUGACGCCACAGGCACCGUCAUUAUCCUCUGUAAGGCGGGUGUUCACGAGAUGUCUGACCUGCAUGUCAUGAUGCUGGGCAAGCCCACCACCCUUCACUCGCAAUUCAGACUGACCUACACCAUGAUACUAAACCUGCUGCGAGUUGAGGCUCUGCAUGUGACAGAUAUGAUGAGAAGGAGUUUCUCUGAAAGUCACAGAGACACUCAGGCACAUGAAAAAAGGAUCACCCAGCUAAAGGAGACAUUGUCCACUCUUCCCAUUGUGGCCAAUGAGGGCCAGCUGUCUGAUUUGUUGCCAUACUACCACACAGUGACUGAGCUACACACCACGAGAGACAUCCUCCAGCAUGCUAUUCUAGAGUCGGUCAAUGGGCUGAAAGCGCUGUCCGUAGGCCGAGUGGUGGUGGUGAACAACAAGCAGCAUCUCAAUGCGCUGGGAGUUAUCCUGCAGGUGUCCAAUGAUGCCGUGAAUCGCACUUUCACGGCUCUCAUCAUAUGCGACAAAGGCAACGAGGAAGGAGAGGGAAACGGCGAACACAACCAAGCGUUUCCUCACCUCUACAACACCGCACUCUUCAUUCCUGAAGGCCCAUGCAGUCACACGGUGCAAAAACUAAAGUUACAGGAUAUCACCGGCAUCACAGUAAAGACCCUGAAAGUGAUUCCGGACAGGAUUAUAGACAACUACCAAAAGAGACAACAGCCCCGAUUCAGGACGGAACCACCCGGCCAGGCCAUAUCCACAGCAACCCAAGAGCUCCUGCGUUUGGCCGAGGCCAACCCGGGCGGCAUUGCCACGCUCGACCCGGUUAACGACCUCCAGCUUAAGAGUGUCGAGGUGGUGGAGGCCUCCAUGCGUCUACGCGUGUUGCAGAGCAGCCUGAGUGAAUUCAACUGCAUCCACUCGCCAACUUUCGCAGAGCAAUUUGCUAAAGUUAAGGAGAGGAUGAGUGUCCAAGAGGAGCUGGACAAACUGCUUUUCCUGGUGUCAGAUCAGUCUUUGUCUCUGCUGCCUGAAUAUCAUCAGAGGAUCAAGGUGUUGCAGUCGCUCCAGUACGUGGACAAUGGCGGCGCCGUGCAGCUCAAGGGCCGCGUGGCCUGUCAGAUCAGCAGCCAUGAGCUGCUGCUCACUGAGCUGCUGUUUGAAAACGCGCUGAGCCCGCUAGCGCCAGAGGAGAGCGCCGCUCUGCUGUCCUGUUUGGUCUUCACGCAGAACACGCAAGUGGAACCGCACAUUACCAACACUUUACAGGAGGGCAUUGAUCGCGUGCUGUCAGUAGCCAAGCGUAUAGGAGAGUUACAAAGGGACUGCGGAUUACCGCAAACAGCAGAAGAAUUUGUAGGCCAGUUCAAGUUUGGCCUGACGGAGGUGGUAUACUGCUGGGCCAGAGGCAUGCCCUUCGCCGAGAUCGCCCAGCUGACGGACGUCCAGGAGGGCACGGUGGUGCGCUGCAUCCAGCGUCUGGACGAGGUGCUGAAGGAGGUGCGCCAAGCCGCCCGUAUCGUGGGAGACUCGGUGCUGGGGAGCAAAAUGGAAAAGGCCUCCCUCGCCAUCCGGAGGGACAUCGUCUUUACAGCCUCGCUUUACACACACUGAGAAAUAGGGACAGACAACACAUAUGCAAAUCAUGAAUUUCUUGAGACUUCUAAUCAUGGAGAAAAUAAUGUGUAAUUAGAGUUUUCCGAUAUCUGAUUUAGGCCAAUAUGCAUGUUGCCUUCAAAGUGAAUGUGGAAGCCUUCUGCCUUGGUGCAUGGGCUGGUCACAGCUUAGCACAGCAGUUACGCUUAAGCCUGUCGCGAUAAGUCAAUUCAUUGCACGCUAAAUAAAAAUGAGGUCGGUAAUUUUCCAGGAAUUUCUCACUUUUCUGCAUAAAAUCGCAAUCAAAUGUAAUCUGAUUUUUGUCAAAAUCACACAGAUGAAAAAAACAGUGUCUGCUUUAACUAAAACCACCCAAACAUUGAUAGGUUUUCAUAUUUUAAUGAGGGUAGUAUGCAAACAAUGACAGAAGGGGGGGGAAAUAAGUAAGUGAACAAUCACAUUUAAUAUUUUGUGGCUUCCUCUUUGGCAGCAACAACUUCAACCAGACGCGUCCUGUAGCUGCAGAUCAGUCUGGCACAUCGAUAAGGACUAAUCUUGCCCAUUCUUCUCUACAAAACUGCUGUAGUUCAGUUAGAUUCCUCGGAUGUCUGGCAUGAAUCGCUGUCUUUAGGUCAUGCCACAGCAUCUCAAUGGGGUUCAGGUCUGAACUUUGACUUGGCCAGUCCAGAAUGUGUAUUUUGUUCCUCUGAAACCAUUUUGAAGUUGAUUUACUUCUGUUUUUUGGGGUCAUUGUCUAGUUGCAGCAUCCAUCCACUAUUUGGCUUCAACUUUCUGACAGACGGCCUCAGGUUUUCCUGCAAAACAUCCUGAUAAACUUUUGAAUUCCUUCUUCAAUUAAUGAUUGCAAGUUGUCCAGGCCCUGAGAUAGCAAAACAGACCCAAAUCCCGUUGCUCCCUCCCCAUGCUUCACGGUGGGGGUGAGAUGUUGGUGAGCUGUUCCAUUUUUCCUCCACACAUAAGUGUGUUACUCCCAAACAAUUCAACUUUGGUUUCUUCAGUCCAAAAAAUAUUUAGCCAAAACUUCUGCGGAGUGUCCAGGUGCCUUUUUUCAAACAUUAAACGAGCGACAAUGUUUUUUUAGACAGCAGUGGCUUCCUCCCUGGAGUCGUCCCAUGAACACCAUCCUUGGCCAUAGUUUUACAUAUGGUUGAUGUGUGCACAGAGAUAUUGGACUGUGCCAGUAAUUUCUGUAAGUCUUUAGCAGACACUCUAGGGUUCUUUUUUACCUGAGUAUUCUGCGCUGAACUCUUGACGUCAUCUUUGGUGGACGGCCACUCCUUGGGAGAGAAGAAACAGUGCCAAACUCUCUUCAUUUGUAGACAACUUCUCCGACUGUCGAUUGAUGAACAUCCAGACUUUAAGAGAUGGUUUUGUAUCCUUUCCCAGCUUAAUACAAAUCGACAAUCCUUGAUCGCAGGUGUUCAGACAACUCUUUUGACCGAGCCAUGAUGCACAUCAGACAAUGCUUCUCAUCAAGACAAUUCUUACCAGGUGUGUGUUUUAUAGAAGGCAGGGCAGCUUUAAAUCACUUAUCAGUGAUUGGGCACACACCUGACUUAAGUUGUUUGGUAAAAAUUGGUUUCAAUUGCUCUUUUAGUCUCCUUGGGCAGAGGGUUCACUUACAUAUUUUCCCCCCUUCUGUCAUUGUUUGCAUGCUAUCCUCAUUAAAAUAUGAAAACCUAUAAACGUUUGGGUGGUUUUAGUUAAAGCAGACAGUUUUUCCAUCUGUGUGAUUUUGACAAAGAUCAGAUUUUAUGCAGAAAUGUGAGGAAUUUCAAAAGGUUCAGAUACUUUUUCAUACCACUGUAGUUGAAAAUUGCACUUGUGCUUGGUUGUAGUUUCAACAGAGCAAACUCCAUCUUUAAUUAACUGUUUUUACAUCUGUGGGAUUUUGACAAAGAUCAGAUUACAUUUGAUGGUGAUUUUAUGAAGAAAUGUGAGAACGUCCAAAAGGUUCAGAUACUUUUUCAUGCCACUGCAUAGUGAAAGAUUUUGGAAGCAACUUGUUGGUUCCUUUGUGUUUUUUUAAACAGUGACACAUUUUAAAAACGAUACAUCGAUUCUUGGCAGGAGCAUAUCGAUAACCUUUUGGAUCACAAAAUAUCACGAUAUAUCGCUAUUUCAAAAUUUGUUCACACUCCUAGUAGCAGCAUUAAAGGACAUGUACUGUACAUCCAUAACAGAAUUUGAACUUUUCCCAGAUUGCGCUCAGGACUGGUCGUCAGUCAAACACAUUUAGCCACUAAACAAUUCACACGGACAUUGUCAUUUUUGUAUUAUUUGUACUUUUCGUUCAUUGUCCUUACAGUAAUAACACAUGACAGAGGUUAUUCAAAAGGGUGUUUGAGUCUGGGAUGGAUGAGUCAUGCCUUUGCUAGGGACUAGCCUAGCAUGCGUAUCGUAUACCUCAUUGGCACUGACACAUGGAUGUGUUAAUGCAAGUGUGAAUGGUUGUCUUUGACCCUGAACAGGAUGAGUGCUAUACUGUAGAAAAUGGAUGGAUGAUGUGUAAUGGCGCGUUUGUCCUUAUUAUUGCGGAGGAGCUGGAGCCUGUCUCGGCUAAGUCGGGCCUUGGAGGUGAGGUUCACAUUCACGCUUACUUUCACCACCCAAAUGGAGACAUCAAUUAACCUCAAAUGCUUUGAAAUAAUUCCACCAACAUUGCUGCUAAGUUGUAUUUUGUCUUGCCUAUGUAAAGUCUGCCUUUGUAAAUGAUGACUGUUUUGUAAUAAUACAUUUUUUAAAAGUACUCUUAUGUUUUUGUUCAUUUACAGAGCAGGUAAAUGUAUAGUCACAGAGAAUGUGUUCCGGUUGUUCGUAAAGUAGGAGGAAAAGUCGUACAAAGGUGAGCUCCAUGUGUUUUAAAUCCCAUUUGUUAUGUGGUAUAUGAAAAAGAUGAAAUUAUAAUGAAUGAUUUAGAAAUUUAUGUAGAAAAACAAUUUAACAAAUUACAGUAAUUUUCGGACUAUAAGCCGCUACGUUUUUCCUUCAUUUUUAACCCUGUGGCUUAUUUGUUGAUUCAUUCGGGUUAAUAGGUAACACUUUAUUUGGCAGCGGCAUCAUAACACUGUCAUAAGACCGUCAUAAUUAUGACACUAUUAUGGGCAUCUCUGAAUGCUUAUGUCAUUAAGUGUCAUCCGACAAAUUAUGUCACUAACUCCAUUUAUUUCCAGCUUGGAUCUUUUACAUCCAUUUAAAAGUGAGAUCAUUUGCCGGAUAACACUAAAUAACAUCUGUUGUAAGCAUUCAUAAAUGCUCAUGACAGUGUCAUGUCAUAAUUAUGAUUUUCUGAUGACAGUCUUAUGGUGCCACUGUCAAAUAAAGUGUUACCAAAUACCAUAACUGGAAAUUAAUGAAACUGGAACAGUAACCGAACAAAUAAUUAGCUUUAGAUUUAAAAAUAUAUACAUAAUAUAUGUUAUUGAAAAUAUAUUAAAACAGACUAACAUGGUUUAAAAAAAAAAAAAAGGGGGGGGGGGUACAAAUAAAGGGAAACCAUUUAAAAUGAGAGAAGUAAUAAAAUAUAUAAAAUAAAUAGAAAUACAAAAUCAAUUAAUACUGUGUGACCCAAAAACAAACAUAACCACUGUACUAGUAUGUUUCCCCCCAAAACAUCUUCUAUCAUAUUAAAAAAAUUAACUUUUAGCUGCAGUUUCUUUUUCUUCUGGAAAAAAAAAAAAUGAAGAAAUGAUGCCAAUCCAAAUUUGGGGCCUUUGUUUGGGGGCGGUCGGUCAAACUGUACAAAUCAUCAUGAAAAACUAAUUAUCAUCUGGUAAGAUAUAUAGAAAACUAAAUAUCAAAAAUGUAAUUAAAGAUAUUUAAAAUAUAUUAAAAUAGAAUAAUGAGGUUAAAACAAAAGGUAAAAACAAAAUAUAGGAAGAACAUAAAAAUGAGAUGAGUUAUUAAAUACAUAUAGAAAAUGAAUUAAAAAAUGGAAAUAAAUACAAAUAAAAUGAAUAUAGGGUGGCCCAAAAACAAACAAAGUCAUAGAAUUCAUAAUGUAUUGACGGGGCGCGGGGCCGAUAAAUAAGGAGCCUGCAUUGUUGGCGAAUGAUCGAGUGGAAUCACAGACAAAGAGCUUUUUUUUGUUGAAUAUUCUUGUGAAUAAAUGCUUAAAUCCCCCAAUUUUUGAUAGAUAUGGGCGUAAAACAGUAUUCUUGGUUAAAAGCUAAAGCAAACUGUGCAGUUAGCGUUUAUUUAACGUAAAUAUGUGGAAGUACAAUGCUAGUCUGUUAGUAAAUGUAGCUAACGGCCACCUGAUGUAAACAGAGCUUUUUUCUUUGAAAAUUCUUGUGAACCAAUGCUUAAGUCCCCGAAUUCUUUAUACAUAUGAACAUUAAGCAGUCUCAAUUAUUGGUUAAAAGCAAAAAGAACGAGCAGUUAGCGUUUAUUUAACGUAAAUAUGUCUGUUCGUGAAUGUAUAUUGCUAGCGGCCGUCCGAUGUAAACAGAGCUUUUCCAGGAAAAAAAAUUGUGAAUAAAUGCUUAAAUUCCAGGAUUCUUUAUAGAUAUGGACGUAAAACAGUCUCGAUUCUUGGUUAAAAGCAAAAAAAAAAAAAAAAGUGCAGUCAGCAUUUAUUUAACGUAAAUAUGUUAAGUACAAUGCUAGUCUGUUCGUGAAUGUACGUAGCUAGCGGCCGCCUGAUGAAAACGGAGCUUUUUCGGUGAAAAUUCUUGCGAAUAAAUGCUAAAAUCCCCGAAUUCUUCAAAAAUAUGGAUGUAAAACAGUCUGGAUUCUUAGUUCAAAUAAAAAAAACGUGGUUAGCAUGUAUUUUACGUAAAUAUUGCGAACUAUGAUGCCAGUGCCGUAGUGGCUAAUUUCUCCCAUUGAUUUUUUUCACAACUUUCAAUAUGCAUGCAUGGUACGAAAAAUAUAAUUCCCUUGAAUCCUGGAACAAAUCACUCCUGAGACAAUUCAUCCUGGAUGUGCGGUACAGCUUUCAUACUUUUUCAAUAGAAAUCCCGGUGUUAGAUCGUUGGAUUAUGAAGUCUAUGGUUGUUGAUUAAAAUAUAUGCAGAAACA